UUGGACAAGGCUGUUGACUAUAAAAUACCUCCCCAUCGUGGAAGCUGUACAGUUGUUCAGCACAAACCGAGCAAUUAGCAACAUGAACUCCUUCGUUGUAGUCCUUCUUGCCGCUUUGGCCACCACUCAAGCUAGCGUAAUCGCUAGUCAUGCCAAAAUCCUGCAAGGACCAAGCAGCAGAACCACCGUAAUCGGAAACGACGGCAGCGCUAUUUCGGCCAUUGCCCCAGGAGGCUCUAUCAUCACCGAAGAACACCACGGUGUUGUCGCUCAUGCCGCCCCCGCUGUUGUUGCCCACGCCGCCCCCGCUGUUGUUGCCCACGCCGCCCCUGCUGUAGUAGCCGCCCCCGCUGUUGUUGAAGCACGUGCCGUCCCCAUUGCCCACUCCGUAGCCGUUGCCCACUCUGCCCCCGUUGCCGUUUCCCACUCUGAACACUCCAUCGUCCACCACGCUCCUGUCGUAGCCCAUGCCGCUCCUGCUGUUGUAGCUCACGCUCCUGCUGUGGUCGAAGCCCGCGCUGCUCCCAUCGCCGUAGCCCACUCUGCCCCUGUUGCUGUAGCCCACUCUGCUCACUCCGUGGUUCACUCUGCCCCUGCUGUUGUAGCCCAUGCUGCUCCUGCUGUGGUAGCUCAUGCCGCUCCUGCUGUGGUAGCUCAUGCCGCUCCUGCUGUAGUUGCCCACCAUGGCGCUCACGCCGUUGCCGAUUCCGCUAUUGUCGGACCUUCCGGUAGUGUUGUUACCGGAAGAGCUCAUGUUGCUCCUGCUGUCGCUGUAGCUCAUGCUGCUCCUCUUGCUGUUGCUCAUCAUGCCGUUGCUCACCAUGCUGUUGCUCAUCACGCCCCAGUCCUUGCACAUUCUGCUCAUUCCGUUGUUGCACAUUCCGUCCCAGUUGCCAGAGUUUGGUAAUUUGAGCAAGUUUGGUCAGUAAUCGGAGGUUUUCCCGUUAAAUGGGAAACAUCAAAGAUUAUCUAAUUUUUAUAAUGACAAGCUUGUUAACCUGAUGUUAAUUUAUGUUAAAUUAUUGUACUGAAACUGUGUAUAAAUGUGUAAAAAUAAAUUGUUACUGAGCAUUAUAAAA